AUGAAGUUGUCUGCAGUUAAAAACACGCCAGCUGAACUUGGCUCGUCUUUAUUAUUGGACUGCAUCAACAGAGAGAUGGCUGCGACGCUUCUUCUUCCCGUUUGGGGUCUUCUGCUCCUCGCCGCCAGCGUCGGGGCCGGACAAGAGUUCCUGGAGAACAUCGUGCGCUUCUACGGACACAACGAGUCCAUCUCCGGCCAAAACCUGGAGGACUUGCUGCUCAUCAUCUCCGCCCGGAGAGCCGAGUCCGUGAUGGAUGACGGCAACCCGCUGGCCGACCAAGAGUGCCUCUCAGCCCAGGAGAUCCUGUCCCACUUUGGCUUCCUGAAUGUCAGCCAGCUGAGCGUGGGACAUCUGGAGAGGAUCUGUCCCGCCGUGUUGACCCAGGUGCUGCUGCCCUCCUGCCCUCACACCGUCCCCGAACCUCCGCUGACGGUUGACUACUCGGUGUGGGGGUGGGGCUUCCUGGCGGUCACCGUCAUCAACUUGGCGGCGCUCCUCGGCCUCCUGCUCAUCCCCUUCACCAAGAAGUCCUACUUCCCCAAAGUGCUCACCUACUUCAUCGGCCUGGCCAUCGGAACGCUCUUCUCCAACGCCGUGCUCCAGCUCAUACCAGAGGCUCUGGGCUUUGAUCCCAAAGCAGACGACUAUGUAGGCAACGCCAUCGGAAUAUUUGGAGGCUUUUAUCUCCUCUUCUUAGUGGAGAGGAUCUUAAGAAUGGCUCUACAGGUGGAACACCAGCACGGCCCCUCCCACUUCUCCCCCGCUGACCUGGCCUCACUGCCGAACGGCGACGUGUCGGAGAAGAAGGAAUCGGUGGUGCUGAGCAACAUCAGCACCAUCAGCACGGACGGGAGCAGCGUGAACUCGGACCGCCCGCACACCAACAUGGCACCGGCGGAGGAGGACAUCGGGGUGUCCAGCGUGAUGUGCCGCUGUCUUCGUGGCCAGCGCCUCGGCAGCAUCAAGACGGUGGCGUGGAUGAUCACGCUGAGCGAUGCCUUGCACAACUUUAUCGAUGGCCUGGCCAUCGGCGCCUCUUUCACCGUGUCCAUAAUGGCCGGCUUCAGCACGUCCACCGCCAUCGUGUGUGAGGAGUUCCCUCAUGAGCUGGGUGACUUUGUGAUCCUGCUCAACUCGGGGAUGAGCAUCCCUCAGGCCAUCUUCUUCAACCUGCUGUCGGCGCUGGCGUGUUACGUCGGCCUGGUGUUCGGCAUUCUGCUCGGCAGCAACUUUGCUCCCAACGCCAUCUUCGCCAUCGCGGGUGGGAUGUUCCUGUACAUCGCUCUGGCAGACAUGUUUCCCGAGAUGGACGCCAUUGCCAGGGAAGAGAAGCGAACCUCCUCCAAGCUGGUCUUCUUCUUGAUCCAGAACGCGGGGCUGCUCACAGGCUUCGCCAUCAUCCUGCUCAUCACCAUGUUCGCGGGACAGAUCAACCUGGGCUGAGUGGGGCAACGGAGGAGCAGGUCGGCUCCAGAAGAAAACGUAGAGCUGCUUCUGUUUCCGCUCAUCAUCAUCGUCAUCAUUCACGGUGUCAGAGAGCAGGAAUGUCAAGUGAAUAUUUUGCACAAGCAGAACCAAAAGUGGGUUUGUUCUCCACGAGCAGUGGGAAUCCAUGCAAUCAUUUCAUUAAUGAAAUCCAGCCCGAUUUGUCUGAAAGAGACAGUUUUAUCCUCUUUGAUGUACUGUAAUAACCUACUUUACCGUAAGUACAGUUUUUAUUUACAUGAUUUUAUCUUGUUUUUUCUAUGUGUGGAUGAUUCUACACAAUCACAGCCAUUAUUUUUUUAUUUCAAGUUAAAGACAAUCUUUAUAACAUGUAGCAGUAGUGUACAUUUUAUAAUUGUACGUUUACACACGUUUUUCCUCAGGGUUUAUUCAGACAAAGUGACUGUAUACUUUGACACAAAAAACAUAAAUAUUAAUAUCCAUGAAACAACUGGGACCUUUGACCUCUGGGCUUAUUAGUACGUAACUAUGAAUACUGUAAAUAGAAAGUUUGCGAUUUUAAUACCAGAGCAGUGUGGCUCUUUAAAAUUGUUUGAGUCUACAUUUAAAGGCACAGGAACAAAAUGAUGCUUUUUCCUGACAUUUGAAAAAUAAAUAAUAUUUCCUUUUGUAAUAAUCAAUGUUGGGAUUGACUACUUUGAGAAUAACGGCGUUAUUAAUGCCGUUAU